UAUCAAGUUUAGUUCAUUUGCUACAAAGUAGCUUUUGCAUAAAAACAAACACUGUAUUGCAAAACUCGAUACAAACUCUUGUGUCAGUCACGGGAAGACGCUUUAUUUUGCGCUCAGCAGUUGAGAGAUGAACACGUUUUCUCAUUUUACAAAUUAAAAGUUUAAAAUUAAAUAUCCAUCAGACGCGUGUGAUAAAGCCGAACGACUUGGCUUUUCUACAGACGACAUCCAGGUCAGUGGCAGACGAGGAAGCAGCGGCCUGACUGUACUGUAGCCGAUGGACAGGAUAUGAUACACACUGAGCUCACGAGAGUUUGUUUCUAACGUCGAGAUCAGAUUUGCAUUGAUAGCGCCAAACUCUGUCGAGUGUAAAGACUGGCUGUCACAAUCCCAUAAGACUCAUCGCCAUGACAACCUCAGCACCAAUCAGAUUCCGCGUCUUCUCUCUCAACUGCUGGGGGAUCCGAUACCUCAGUAAGAACUGCAAAGAGCGAUUUGUUCGGAUCGGAGACCUGCUGAAUCAGGAACAGCUUGAUCUAGCGUUACUGCAGGAGGUCUGGUGUGAAAGAGACUUUCUGUUUUUAAAGAAGAAGCUUAGCAGCAUCUAUCCGUAUUCCCAUUAUUUUAAAAGUGGAUUUAUAGGGAGCGGAUUGGCCGUGUUUUCCAGACAUCAAAUCCAUGAUGCCUUUCUGUACAGAUACUCAUUAAAUGGAUAUCCAUACAUGGCACAACAUGGUGACUGGUUUGGUGGGAAAGCUGUCGGGAAGGUCUUGUUUAACAUCAAUGGGCUGAAGAUUCAUGUUUUUGUCACUCAUCUGCAUGCAGAAUAUUGCAGAGAGAAAGACUCGUAUCUCCCGCACCGAGUGGUUCAAGCCUGGGAGCUGCAACAGUUCAUAAGGCACACUAGUGCUGCAGCGGACGUGGUGAUCAUGGGUGGAGAUCUGAACAUGCACCCGGACGAUCUCGGCACCAGACUGUUGAGAAACUACACGGGACUUCAGGACAGCUUCAAUGAGGCCGUUAACUUUGAUGGAUGUGAGGAGGGACACACUCAUAUAUCUGAAAACCCAUUCACAAACACGGAUAAUCUUGUUCCAUUUGGUGGAGGAAUCCGGAUAGAUUACAUCCUGUUCAAGGGAUCAGGGGAAGUAGAUGUGAGCUGUGAGUCUUUGUCUACCACUAAAGGUCCUGUUCCUGGACAUCCCUUUCCUUACUCUGACCACGAGGCUCUCACAGCCGAGUUCCUGUUUACACCGACUACAAGGGGAAAUGGGUGCUCAGAGAGACAAUCUGGCUGUGUUUCAGAUAAGCUUCCUGAGCUGGUCAACACAGUCAAUGAAGCUCGCACUGAAGUAAAGGUGGGUCUCCACUGUGCUGAACGCAUGCGCCACACCGCGGCGCGUACAGGCAUUAUGGGUCUUGUCCUGUUAAUGCUUGAGCUGGCAAUCGCUGCUGUCCCAUUGUUUGCUCUGGGAGCUGAACAUCCCUUCCCCAAAGCCUCUUUCUACCUGCUGGGGGCGCUGUGCUUUGCCAUCCUCCUCUCCACACUGUUGCUGUACGUCUUUUACAGCAUGGAGGUGAAGGCACUGCAAGGCACUGAGGACCAGAUGAGACUGGCACUAAGUAGCCUUCAAGAACGUCUUAAGGAGUCCCCCAAGGUUUUAUCCUCGGACCAUUUGCGAAAUCCACUAGAUGGCAAUUUGUAGCCAGAUAGAUAAACCAAUGUGGCAUUUGAAUGGAAUUAUGUACGUUUUAUGACAUCUUGUCCAGUUUUAUUAACUAUGCAGCUUUUUCACACUGAUAUCAAGGAUACUUGUUCCUGGGAGCAAAGAAUCCAGAAAAAUAGUCAAGAUGUUUGUAAAACCAUUAGUUGCAUGACCGAUCUACUUCACUUUACUCAAUUACUUCACAAUGGUUCUCAACCAGGGUCACAGAAUGACUUAAAA